CUGAGGAUGCAUUUGGUUGGCGGAUUUCUCGAGCAUCAAAGCAUGCACAUUGAAUAUUUAUAGCCAUAGCAAACCCUCGAAUAAUCUUCAAAAUUUCCCUUUUCCCGGAUUUCAUCCCCAUUUUUCCCCCAUUACUCGACCGCUUUUAGCUUUUAAAUUCGUUCUUUUUUCUCCUGAUGGACUCAAGAACUCCGCCUCCCAAAAGAGUUAGCAAAAGGCCCCUGACGAAUUUUUACUCUGAUCUACCCAAAAAGAGGAUUAGCGAUGGUCGAGAUGCGGGUUCUGCUCAUAAGAAGCAAGCAUACUCUGAAAUGUUUAAAAGGAAGGAAUGCCAAGUUCUUAGGAUAUGCAGCCGUGAAGAUGAGGAUGGAGAUCCUGACAUGGUGGUCAGUUUUCGAGUUCUUAUGCCUAAUGGCACGACUUUAGAGAUGAAAGUAGGGCGAGAUAAAAAUGAAAUGUCGCUUUCUCAACUGGUGGAUGCUAUAAAGACAGAGUACAUGGCCUUGAAGGGAAGAACAUGGUCGCAAAAGAGGCAGAUUAAUUGGAACAGUCCAAGCUUGUAUAUUUUGGAUCCUCUUGACAGGAAGAUUAAGGGAAUUGAUCUCAGGAAGUUGAAUCCGAGAAAGACUUAUAUGUUAAGGCUUCAUGAUGGAUCAGUUGAGGCAGAGAUAUUUGAGAAUAUGUGGGAUCUCACUCCAGAUACUGACUUACUAAAGGAGUUGCCUGAAGAAUACACAUUUGAGUCUGCCCUUGCUGACUUAAUAGAUAAUUCAUUGCAAGCUGUAUGGUAUAAUCCUGAAAAAGAAAGGAGAUUAAUCAGUGUGAAGUUGUCCAUAAACAAGAUAAUAAUAUUUGACACGGGCCCGGGAAUGGAUGGAAGUGUUGAAAAUUCUAUAGCAAAGUGGGGAAAAAUGGGGGCGUCCCUACAUCGGUCGUCAAAAGGAAAAGCCAUAGGAUGCAAACCUCCCUACCUAAAGCCUUAUUUUGGGAUGUUUGGAUAUGGAGGGCCUAUUGCGUCCAUGCACUUGGGACGAAGAGCCAUUGUCUCUUCCAAGACAAAAGCAUCAAAGAAAGUGUAUAUAUUACAUCUAGAGAGAGAUGAUUUACUCAACUGUUCGUCUUCAGAAAACACACGGAGGACUAAUGGUGGCCUAAGAGACCCCUUUGGUUAUGAAGUUCAAGAGUCACCCCAUGGGAGCUUCACUAAAGUGGAGAUUCUAGAGCCAAAAAUGAGAUGUGAAGAUAUAAAGAUACUGCAAGGGAAACUAAAAGACAUUUACUUUCCUUAUAUUCAGUGUGAUGAAAUAUCUGAAACCGGAAGAACUGCAAUGCCAACAGAAUUUCAGGUCAAUGGAACUAACUUGGCAGAAAUCUUGAGUGGAGAAGUGGCUCUUACGAACCUGUUCUCAUGUAAUGGUCCCGACUUUACAUUGGAACUGCAUUUCACUUCAGGCACCAGUUCUAUAGGAGGACAUCACGAAGCAAAUGCUCGCCUAAAGUGUGUUUAUUUUCCUGUAAUUCAGGGUAAAGAAAGCAUUGAAAAGAUAAUUGAAAAUUUAAAACAGGAAGGAUAUGAGACUCUAGAGAACUUUGAAAGUUUUAGCCGUGUUUCUGUUCGGCGCUUGGGUCGCAUGCUUCCAGAUGCUCGCUGGCCACGGCUACCCUUCAUGGAACCCAGACAAAGGAAAGCAGAUUCAUUUAAGAGAUGCUGGUUUAGAGUAAAAUGCUUUGUUGAUACUGAUGCAGGUUUCAACCCCACACCAGCCAAGACAAACUUAGCACAAUGCAAUCCUUUUACCAUUGCACUUAAGCAGUUUGGCAACAAACCGUGUGAGAAAGAUGUACAUAUUGAAAUUUGCAAGGAUGGAAAACCCCUUUCUCUUACACAGCUAGAGAAGGUAUACCAUGAUUGGGUUUUGAAUAUGCACAAUAGAUAUGAUUGUGAAAUUGAAUCAGGCGAUGAUCAACCUAUCAUUGUAUUAAGCUCUGAAAACAGAAAAGAGCUAGGCACUUCAUCUGAUGUCCUGCGGGUUCAUAGAGCUUUCCAGAGGAAAGGAAUCACCUGGAGAUCCGGACAGAAAAUUAAAAUCCUGAAGGGAGCGUGCCCUGGUUUUAACAGAACAAACAUUUUUGCCACUCUAGAGUUUAUUAUACUCGAAGGAUGUGAAGGUGAUGGUGGUGAUGCUUGGAUUGUAUGCAGGCAAUUGGGAGUUCACCCUGAGGAUGGUUGCCGACUUUCUUUGGAUAAAGAAAGCCCUCACCUAGAUCUACGUGGAUCUAAAUCUUUACCAUUCAGUGUCAUUGAUUCUGAUAAGUGCAUACAAGUUGAUGACACCGAGUGGGAACACCAGCUUGAUAAAUACCAUCAAGAAAAAACCCCAUCCUCAAUUGAAUUAUUGGAUGCCAAAGAUUUCCCAGACUUGAAUGUUGAUGAGACACUGCCUCACGAUGUAGUUGAUGCUGGUCACGACCCUCCCGAGGAAAUUUAUGCAGUUGUUCGUCCAUCGUCCUCCAAAUCUGCUGUGGCUUCUAAGAAAUUGGACCAAAAGUACAUACUUAGAGAAAAUUUUGAGAUGAUUCUGAACAUCAGAUUUUCUGCUUCAGACAAGAAUGACCAAUGUGCCGCCCAUGUAUACUCUCUUCGCACAAAACCAUCAUCACAUAAUGGGGUGAGCGGGGUUUAUGUUUUUCCGUUGAGAAUGAAGUUGCCAGAGUUAUUUCACAAAGCUGGAGUAUAUUCUUUUCUAUUUUCACUUAACCAAAUUACUUGUGGAACUUAUGAAAGAAAAGUACACGUACGAGCUUUGUCGGAGACUGGAAGUUGGGGUCUUUCAAGUAAAAACAGUGGGAAAUAUAAAACAAGGGUUGGUAUGCGUGAACUUCCACCUAUCUAUAUUGCAUGUUAUGACAAAUACAUGAACAGCAUUCAGUUCAAGCCCUUUUCUGAUGUUGAGGUCAAGCUUCACUCUGAAAGGGGUGAUUUUGCUCAUGAUUAUUCUAUGGAUGUAUAUAUUUCGAAAGAUAAACUCACUUUAACUGUUAAGGGUUUGGUUUUCGAGUCCAGUGAACUAGACAAGAUUGGACCAAGCUAUGAAACUACCUUGUCAAUAGGUUCGAAGGAUGAGCCAUUUUCUGUAACCAUUCAAGUUCAGGUUUUGCCUGGGCCGCCACACCAUGUGAGUGUCCAUCCACUGAAAUUAAGACAUAAAUUCAUUCCUGGCACGUUAAUCUCAGAGCUCAAAUUGGAGCUGUUUGAUGAAUAUAAUAAUCAUAUCCAAAAAGAAGAAGAAAUCCAACUGCAGAUGGAUGGAUUCUGUGCUCCAAACACUAAAAGCUGUCUUUUAUUUAAGGUUGAUGAAAAUGGGUGUAUAAACCUUGGUGGCAUACUUAAAGUUACAGCAGGAUAUGGUAAAACAGCAUCUCUUUCUGUUUUCUCUGGUGAAGAAGCAAUUUUCAAGAAAGAUUUUCAAAUUGAAAAGCGAGAGCUACGCGUUGCAUCAGAGAUACCUGAAUUUUGUGUUCCUGGUUCUCAUUUGGAGAAUGUCGUAUUUGAAGUCAUAGAUUCUGAAGGUGAAGUUGAUGAAAGUAUCCAUGAUGAUGAAAAAAACGGUCAACCCCACACACUUAUUAUAAAAUCUGAGUGGUCAAAUAUAGAUGAGAAUGUAAGAUACAGCUUCCGGCAUGGUCGCUGCACAGUCUGUAGCAUCUCUCUCCCAGAGGUUGAAGGGAAAUUCCAAUUCCUAGCCGUUCAUUCUCGUCACUUGGAACUGCAGUUGCGCAUAGAGGUGAAUACAAAAAAUGCUGCAAAACUUCCCUCUGGAAAUCUGCAAUCUCAUAAUCCAGUGAAAUCAAUAUUAAAAGAAGUGGAGGCUGAACAAUUCCAGUCUCAAAGUAUUGAGGAACCAAUAUCGAAUGGAGUGGAAGUUGAAUAUUUCCAAUCUCAAAGCCCAGAGAAAUCAAUAUUAAAAGUAGGGGAAGUGGAAGUUGAAAAUUUGCGAUCUCAAAAUUUGAUGCAGCAGCAGAUCUUGCUUUAUCAGAAAUCCUCCCCCAAGCAAGUUCCAAUGUUAGAUCACGAUGAAGCUUUCUAUGAGUAUUCAGAUAUAAACAUUAAAGAGCUUGCUGCUUCCAGAGGUCUAGAAAGUGAAGGGGAGUUCAUAACUAUUCACAAGAAGGAAUUAAUCAUUGAGCAGAUUUGUUAUACGAAUGACUCAGCUGCAGCCAUUACCUGCAGUCUGAUUGAAGCACCGUCAUCAAAAGAGUCAUGCCAUGCAUUCUCUAAAGAGAUACUAGGCGUGGUUGCAUUGCUUGGAUUUACUGAAACCAAUGAGCUUAGUAGGAUGUUAGCAGAGUACCUCGGUGAGAAGCAAAUGCUUGCGGUGGUUUGCAAAGCACAUGCUCCUGUUGGUGCCACACAGAUGCAUGCGAAGAAGCACGGGCACUUGAAUGGUUCAGAUUCUCUGUGUGCAUUAGCCAAUCAUCUUGGAAUCUCUAUUAAGGGAGGAUACGAUAUCAUAUGCCUCGACGAUAUAAGGCCUUACACUGGUGAGAUGAGUUAUGAUCCCCAAAGAAAGCUAGCAUUACCCAAUCCUACAUUACCAAAUGGCGAGAGUCCUCCCGGGUUUUUAGGCUAUGCUGUGAAUAUGAUACACAUAUCUGCAAAUCAUCUGCACUACAGAACUGCCUCUGGUCAUGGUCUUCGUGAGACACUGUUUUAUCGUCUACUAGGGGAUCUCCAAGUCUAUUCAAAUAGAGAUUUCCUCAUCAUGGCUAGUUCUUGCAUCCAUAGCGCUCCCGCUAUUUCCUUGGAUGGGGUUAUCAUCAGAGGAAACGGCAUCACUUCCCUCGUAUUAUUAGGGGAUCCACUGGUCAGGUUUCCUGUCAUCUCAAGGGAGCAGCAACCGGAGACUGUUAAUCUAGACGUGUUAAAUCUUCUGGAUUCUAAGAAGAUGGAGCUGAGGGAGGUUCAACUUAAUUUGGAUGAUAAAAGAAGGGUUUUUGUGGAGCUCAAGGAAAAGUUUAGCAGCUAUCGUAAUAAAUACUUGAAGUUUUGCUCAAGGGACAAUUCACCAGACGUUGAACCGUAGAUGAGAUUAAAUGAGAAAGCAAUGCAGAGUAUGAAACCGCACAUAUUAGAGGGGUGGCGUUGAAGGAUGGAGAUGUAAAUUGUAUAAAAUGUUCGAAGAAUAUUAAAAAUUGUGUAAUUUU